GUGCGCUGUAUCCCUCGGACACAGCGGAUCACAUGUAAACAGGGAAAGAGCCGAAGAUGUCGGCUCGGUCAUGUGAUCAGCUGUGUCCAAUCACAGCUGAUCACAUGGCACUGAUGAUCAGUGUUCCCUGAUGAUCAGUGUAGCCCCAGCAGUGCCACCUGUCAGUGUCCAUCAGUGCCUUAUGUCAGUGCUCAUCAGUGGCACAUCAGUGCCACAUAUCAGUGCACAUCAAUGCCACAUUUCAGUGCCCAUCUGAGCUGCCUUUCAGUAUCACCCAUCAAAGCCAGUCAGUGCCACCUAUCAAUGCCAGUCAGUGCCACCUAUCAGUGCUGCCAAUCAGUGCCACAUAUCAGUGCCGCCUAUCAGUGCCAGUCAGUGCUGCCUAUCAGUGCCUGUCAGUGCCGCCUA